AUGGGAAGCCACCCCAUCUCUGGGCCCCAGAAAACCACAUCAGCUGGUUACCGACGGCCCGCCACCAGGCCCCCAGUUCUAGUCUCUCCACCUGCCAGGGGUGGCCUUGUCUCAGGCAGGGGCCUCGCUGGUGGCCAGGCCCCGAGGGCGGAGCAGGCGGCCCUGGCAGCCGACAGAGUGCAGCAGGACCAGCUAUGGAGGGAGCUCCUGGAGGCGGAGAAGCGGGGCCAGCGGCUCUGGGCUCAGAACUGGAGCUUCCUGAGCGACUAUGACCCCAUGGGCAACAAGAAGGAGCCCUCAAAGCUGCCGGAGCACGUGCCUCUCUUUUCCAACGCUGUCCCGAUUUCCACCAACCGGGCGGUGGGCAGCCGGGUGGACACGCCUCUGGGGAAGACCCUCGCCCGCCUGGACCUCUUCUUUGUGGAAGGAGUUCGGAAGAAGAAGCUGGAGAAGGAGCUGCUGCCGGUCUAGGAGGAGGGCUCCAGCCUGCA